AUGCAACAGUUGGUGUUGAAGGUCCUCUGCUCCACACUCCUGCUUAUAGCAGUGGUGCCCUCUGUGUACUCACAGUCAGAUUGUUCUCAGGCCCAGUCAUGUGACCUGUGCGUUGGGGAUUCUAUGCUCAACCUGACAGGCUGUGUCUGGAGGCUUUGUCCAGAUGGUAAUGAUACAGGCAUUUGUCUAACUGAUGAGGGCAACUCGGCAGACAACGGCAGGAACUGUAGCUGGACUAGAGUGUCUGAAUUGUGCUCAGGUAUAAAAAAUAAAAAUACACUCCUGAAUUAAUGCAAUUUAUUUAUCUGCAACCUCAAGUUCUCACAGGCCAAGUUUGACAUGUCCAGUUUCAUCGGAGGCAUCAUACUCGUGCUGUGUGUGCAGGCAGGCGGCUUCUUCGCCAUGCGUUUCCUCAAAUCCAAAGAGCAGAGCAACUAUGACCCAAUAGAGCAGCCACAGUGAAGACACGAUGUAUGAAGGACAAACAGGCGAGGGUGGAGGACAAGCAGAGCAGUGACUCAUCGAGUGUUUCAUUUUUUUCUGAGCCCCUGUCAGUUUUGGUUUGGUCCCCAUGUGUACCCCUGGGGGAUGGGUGUGUUAAGAAGAAGAUUUUUUUCUCAAAAUACCGCAUUGUGUAACGAGUGUUUGUGCAUGUGUUCACUGUGUUUGUAUAGUAUUUAUAUUCCAGAGACAUUUUGGCUGUUGGUAUUCAUACGAUCUGACAAAUGAGAAACAAAAAAGGCCGGAUUUCUCAGCACGUCCAGAGAGAAAGUCUUUGUAAAAACACAACUAUAUAUGUGGUGUUUGACCUCUUACAAACAACAAGGAAAUAGCUGUAUCAAAUGAACUCUUUUUACUGUGUAAAUAGUAAAGUGAGUAGACAGUAGGUCAGACAAGGUCAUAACAUGCAUUUAAACUAUUUUUCAAGUACCCUAAAAUAGACCAAAAUGAGACUCAGAGGAUGUGUGUUUUUCAUGUGGAGCUGAAUAACUUUCUAGUGUUCUAUUGAAACCAUGAAUUUAAAUAUUUAUGUAUGUUAUAUCUUUCAUGUAUUUGCUGGCAGUGAGUUAAAUGAUUUAGCUGGGAACCCUGGGGAGCCAUUUCAACAACUCUUAAAGGUCCCUACACUGCACCUUUGGCAACAUAUGAAAUGACUCUCAAUAA